AUGGAAGAAAGUUGAAAAUAGGAAGCAUUAAAAUUUGUCUGCUCUUCAACUGCUUUACCUAAACCAAAAGUUCAAUUUGAAUCUCGGCACCGGAAAAAAUGGCAUUUCCGGCAAAGAAAUUUAUAACCUCUUCUUUCUUUGGGUUUACACUUCUGGUCGCUCUGGUGGCUUUUCUCCUAAAAUUUAACUCUUCACAGAAAUUGUUCACUGUUGAAGAACUGGCGCUAUAUAAUGGAACUGAUGAUUCAUUACCCAUACUCUUAGGAAUUUUGGGAUCUGUAUUUGACGUUACGAAGGGAAAAUCUCACUAUGGUGCUGGAGGAGGUUACAGUCAUUUCGCUGGAAGAGAUGCCUCCCGUGCAUUUGUUUCUGGAAAUUUUACAGGCUUAACCUCAGGUUAUGAUGCUAAAUACCAACUCAAAAAAGAGGUUCUGAAAACUGAUGAAGGAGAUGGACUUACAGAUUCAUUGCGAGGUUUAUCCAGCACCGAGGUUCAUAGUGUAGUUGGAUGGCGAGACUUCUACUUCAGAAGCUACAAAUUUGUUGGAAGGCUUGUGGGUCGCUACUAUGAUAGCCAAGGAAAUCCCACAAAAUAUCUAAAGGGAGCAGAAGCAAAGGCUGCUAGAGGAGCACAACUCAUGGAGAAACAAAAAGAAAUGGAAGCUAAGCAACCCAGUUGCAAUUCAAGAUGGAGUCAAGAUGAUGGUGGAGAGGUUUGGUGUGAUAAUGGCUUCCCAAGGUUGGUUCAGAGACCUUUAGAAAUUGCUUUGACGGGAAAGAUGAGCAAGCGAUGUGCCUGCUAUAAUGAAGAUCAACUUGGCCAGCCAGGGUUAGAGGUCUAUAGUGGAUGUGAUUACCUUGCAAAGAGAUGCCGAGUUUAAAUGAAAGAGCUUGAAGAAGUCAUUUGUAUAGUUGAAGCCCCUUAAACUCCAGUGAACUUUUUGAAGAUAGGAGGUCGGCAAAGAGUGAAGUGUACCCAUGUUCUGUGUGGGUGUUUCAUUUCCUCCAAUGCACUUCAUUACUAACCUGAUUUUUUGUUGCUUAAUUUUCCUGGAUUAUCGUGGGUCUGUUUUGAGUAAAUUGAAAGAGUGUCAAUUCAUGUAUGCUAUUGCAGCUAUAGAAAUUUGUGGUUUCUUUCCA